CUAAAAGGCCAUGUCACAUAAAUUAUGAGGCGCAAGCGGCAAGUUAUUAUAUUUAAUUUAGCAUUGUUUAUGUACUUUCUAGGUUUAGUGGUUCAAGUUUUUAAUAUUUUUUUCUUUGAAAUUGAAGUUGAUUGAACAAAUCUUGACAACAAAGCCUGGUGGUGAGCAUAUUAUGCAAGAGUAUGCAAGAACUAAAUGCUUGACAGAUGCAACCAGAAGACAGAUGAUAAACAUCCUUACAGCUGCAAUGACAGAAGCGCAUGGAUCAUCCCCUCCUAAAAGCAUCAGAGUGAUGUAUGCUCAGGGCAUUGUUGCCCUAUUUCCCUAUCUACAGGACCCGUUUUCAAAACAUGGAUAUGAGCAUUACUAUGAUCCAGAGAGCGGUUCAGGAUACCUUGCAUGGCGUUUAAAGACCAUUCAAAGAAAAACCUCAGAGGAAAGGGUUGCCUCAAGUAGAAGAUCUCCCAAAAGUGGUGGACCAGGCCAUGGUCAAUCCAGGAUUUUCACUGCUGACAAAGUGCUGUGAGGGAAGUGGAAGCAGCUAUUGCUGUUUUGAAACACUCUGCUGAUGAUGACACUGUCCGUGAGAAGAUGAUGGAUACCUUCCAUUACCGUCAUUCAAUGGUCAAUGAUGAAAAGAAAGCAUCGAAUGUCUUCUCUGUCUUUCCACGAUUUCUGGACACACCAGGACUGAUAGAACAAGAUUUCAAACUCUUGUUUGGCGAAGGCACUGCCAACAAAUUUUUGGAGAAGUGGCCCACCAGUCUCAAAUCCAAGGCUAUAAGGGAAAGCCAUGGUCUGGUACCCACCACAGAGCUCUUGGCUUUAUUGCGGAAUGCAGAGCUGGCUGCUGAAGCUGACAAUGGUUGGGAUAGUGACAUGUCUGCUAUUUUGCUUCUGCUGCAUCUGCUACCAUCAUCUGCACAAGGGCGAAAAAGGCCGGGUAAGAUGUCUGCAUCUCAAGCAGUGGAUCAUCUCAUCAGAUUUCUAAAGGUUGGAACCAGUGUACAGCAGCAUCUUGACAAGAUAACGCAACGUACCCAGCCCUACCUCCUUGCCCAGGGAUCCAUCCAAAGCAGUAUUCAUGCAUUCUUCAUUGUGAUUGACAACUAUGCUAUUCCAUGUAAGGCAACAUGUUCAGUUGGAGCUCUUGAGCUCUUUAAGGCCCAUUAUGUGUUUGGUACAUCAUACAGUGCUCCCUUGACCAACUUCUUCACCUUUCUCCAAACAACUGUCUACAACAUAGAUGUUGGAGAAACAAAAGAAACGCCCAGAGUUGCAGAGUUGAGAGCAAGAAUGCUCCAUUAGUGUCACAUAAAACAAUGAAGUGUUUCAUCUGCAAAUGUGACAGUGAUGCCCCAAACAGCCUAGUUAAGCACCUUAAACUAAUCCAUGG